AUCGACAUCCGACCCAGGUUCCUGUAUCAGUCAUUGAUAACAUAUCGUUAACGCGAGCACCGGGCUAAAACGACGAAUCCUAUGAAGAUUGAAGUCAGGGGCACAGCAGCUUCAAACCGUUUCCAGGCAGCAUGAACUCCCUCCCAGGAAAAGCCCUUCUGUCUCUGUGCAGGCGCACGGCGGCAGCGGGCGGGAUGAGGGUCUUCGCCGGUUCCCCUGUGCGCGUCUGCCACUCCGGGACGGCUCGCAAGGGCAGCGUCACCACCAAGAAGAGGGGCUACGACAUCACCAGAAACCCGCACCUCAACAAGGGAAUGGCAUUCACCCUGGAGGAGCGCUUACAACUGGGCAUCCACGGCCUGCUGCCCCCCUGCUUCCUCUCCCAGGAUGUGCAAGUGCUGCGUGUCAUGAGGAGCUAUGAAACACGCACCAGUCCUCUAGACAAGUACAUCCUGCUGAUGACGCUGCAGGACAGAAACGAGAAGCUCUUCUACCGUUUGCUGACCUCUAACAUCGAGGAGUUCAUGCCCAUCGUGUACACUCCCACUGUCGGCCUGGCGUGCCAACAGUAUGGACUCACCUUCAGGAGACCACGAGGACUUUUCAUCACCAUUCAUGAUAAAGGCCACAUUGCCACCAUGCUGAACUCCUGGCCUGAAGAAGACAUAAAGGCCAUUGUGGUGACAGACGGGGAGCGUAUCCUCGGCCUGGGUGACCUGGGGGGCUACGGAAUGGGUAUUCCUGUUGGGAAACUGGCGCUGUACACAGCCUGUGGAGGUGUUCGGCCGCAGCAGUGUCUUCCUGUGCUGCUGGACGUUGGCACUGACAACCAGACGCUGCUCAAUGACCCCCUGUACAUUGGACUGAAGCACAAGAGAAUCCGAGGAAAGGAGUAUGACGACCUGGUCGACGAGUUCAUGCAGGCAGUGACAGACAAGUACGGGAUGAACUGUCUGAUACAGUUUGAGGAUUUUGCAAACACCAAUGCUUUUCGCAUCCUCAACAAAUACAGGAAUCGCUACUGCACCUUCAACGACGACAUCCAAGGCACGGCCUCCGUAGCUGUUGCCGGGAUCUUAGCUGCUCUGAAGAUUACCAAGAACAAACUCUUAGACCACACCUUUGUUUUCCAGGGGGCUGGUGAGGCUGCUCUUGGUAUUGCUCAUCUACUCAUGAUGGCCAUGGCAAAACAUGGAUUAAGUAGAGAAGAAGCUGCCAAGAAGAUCUGGUUGGUUGAUUCAAAGGGUCUCAUUGUAAAGGGAAGAGGCCAUCUUAACCAUGAGAAAGAGGAGUUCGCUCACGAUCACCCAUAUGUAAAGACCCUGGAGGAGGUGGUGCACACAAUCAAACCCACCGCGAUCAUAGGAGUGGCUGCUGUCACAGGAGCAUUUACAGAGAAGAUUAUCAAAGACAUGGCAUCCUUCAAUGAGAGGCCGAUCAUCUUUGCCCUGAGUAAUCCCACCAGCAAGGCGGAGUGCACAGCAGAGCAGUGCUACAGCCUCACAGAGGGCCGGGGCAUCUUUGCCAGUGGAAGUCCGUUCAACAAGGUGACGCUGGCUGAUGGACGCACCUUCUACCCCGGCCAGGGAAACAACGCCUAUGUCUUCCCUGGAGUCGCUUUGGGUGUUAUCGCCUGUGGAGUGCGACACAUAUCUGACGACAUCUUCCUCACCACAGCCGAGGCGAUAGCUGACAUGGUAACCGAGGAGAACCUGGCUGAGGGAAGACUUUAUCCUCCUCUCAGCACCAUAAGAGAGGUGUCCUUCAAGAUUGCAGUUAAGAUUGUCAACCAUGCAUACAAAAACAACACUGCUUCGCUGUACCCUGAACCAAAAGACAAGGAGGCAUUUGUGCUGUCUCACAUCUACAGUCCAGAUUACGACUCCUUCACUCUGGACACAUACAGCUGGCCACAGGACGCCAUGACCGUCCAGGACGUGUGAUUUUGACUCUCUCAACUCAAUAUGCUGCCGUGGUGUUGCAUACUAUUUCUGCAUUGCCUCGGUUCAGAAACGUUGCCAAUGAUGCUCUCAUUUUAGCUUUUUAUUUUUUUUCCUUGUUUCUUUCAUUUAUAAAUAUUAAGUCUCAGUGGUCAUUAUAAUUCAAAUGUCACUAUAGUUCUCUAUGACCUCUAAACUGUUGAAAUAUCACUUAUUUUUUUCUUUCCGUGUUGUACUUUAUGUUUUUAAUCAGUUCUCUGUGGCAGAUUGAAGGUCUAACGGAGAAAUAUUUUAUAGCUGCACACACACACAAACAGCAUUAUCAAAUAGCAAAGCACGAUCUCUAUAACUUUGGACUACACUCCUUUUUCUAGAUUUUCCAGAUAAGUUAAGAUGUUGACGUAUUCAGCCCAAACAGUUACUCUAAAGCAGUUAUUUUUUAAAGAAUGAAGCAGAGCUCGUGCAUGCAACAAGAAAGCAUUGGCUCUCAGUAACGCACAACGCUUCCGCUUGUCUUGACACAAAUGACCACAGCACUCAUUUUGAAGCAUAAUAUAACAAUUGAACAAACUUUCAGUGCCUCUUCCUGUGUGACCUCAGGACAUUACUGCUCCAUAUUCUCAGUUAGGCUACAUUGGACUCAAACCCUGUAGGGGCUUCCUCAUAUUUUACACUCCUAUCUAUCUGCGCGCAUUUUAACCUGCAUACACAACUAAAAACACUCCAGAAUCAGCUUGUAUUUCAGUUUCUCCUUCUCUGCCUCCCUUUGGGAAUCAGCUAUUCUCGAUGUGAGGGAUUAAGUGUCACAAUGGCGUACUUUCCCUUUGGAUUUGUACAAAACUCUCUGUUGUGUUUUUCCAAAGUUCCGGAUGAGCUGUAUCUUUUACUCCUAGAAAACAUGAUGCUCUGCAAACUUUAGCACCAACAGAUAUGCUUGAAGUUUUUAAUGGGAAUAUCAAACUUUUUAAAUAAAAUUGUCAACAAAA